AUGAUCAAUCUUAUGCUGAAAGUGGAACCCAGAAAUACCGAUGGUGACGCUGAGACGAGAACCUUACAUGAUGACAAUGAUGAGAAUGAUGACAAUAAUGAGGAUGAUAACAAUGAUGAGGAUGGUGAUAAUGAUGAGGAUGAUGACAAUGCAUCUAAUGAAGGAAAUAUGAGCGAAGGGGGUGUUGAUGGUUCUAAUGGGAACGAUGAGCAUGUUGGCGAUCUUGAUUUUGACCUUGACAUCAGCUAUGAUGAAUAUCAGCAAGAGACAUUGGAUAGGCAUUGGGAAGUCAUGGCCAAGACAUUCAGGUCAGAAGGAGAGGCGUACAUGUUCUAUAACCAGUACGCCAAAGAUCGUGGAUUCAGUAUCAGGAGGGACUUGAAAAGAUUUUGAAAAGGUUCCCAAAAAGUUUUACGCAUGAGGAGGUAUCUCUGUUCCAGGGCAGGAAAACGACAGGCAAAAUUUUUAACCAUGGAAGGCCGGACCCGCAGACUGAGA